AUAGAAAAAGGCUUGCGAGAGGCUAUUUGAAAAUACGAACUUGUGGAACAGGUUCGGGCAGAAUAUUUACUAAGCAGGAUUUGAAGACAGGACUGAAAGACAAGCUUCGCAUUGACUUCUCACAUUUCCUCUUAUAUUCUUAUCUCUUCAGUCUCAGUUUUCUGGCUUUAUGAAUCUAAGAAAUCUGCCAAGAUAGAGUUCAACGAAGGAUCAAAAUGUCAUCGUAUAUAAUGAGGGAUUUGAUCAUCGUUUUCAUAAUUGUGGCAACAGCUGAUGUGUGUGUGGCUAGUUGGACAUCUCUUUCUGGCCAGCGAUCGAUUCCAUCUGCAAAAUCUGAGGUCAGCGCCUUAGUAACCACAAUAAUUCAGGGAAUCAUCCAACUGUACCAAGCCACAAGUGUUUCAUGCACACCUUCCACAGCGUUUACAGCUUCAGACGCAAUAACAAAAAUGCCUAAUAUUUCUGCCUCCAUAACAAUGUCAUCCUCUGCGGACACUACUACAACAACAAUUCCAACUUCAUCCACAACAUCACCAAUGUCUGUAACUGCAACUCCUACCAUAACACUACCAUCAUCUUCAGGUUCAAACACGACAUUAGUUCUUACCACAUCUAGAACUAUGACUUCUUCCUCAACCAAAAUCUCAGCCCUAGAUGAUUCUACAUUGAUAGUAUCUACACCUCCAAUCUCUACAACAUCAAUGCCUGGAACUGGAACUUUUACCACAAAAAUUCCAACAUCCACAUCAUUACCCAUAAUCACUGCAUUAACAGAAUCUACCACAUCAGUUCUUACAACGUCAUCUGUCACAACAUCUUCCCCACCAGACUAUAAAUCAACAACAUCUAAACCUACAAACUCUACACCAUCAAUGUCUUUAGGCUCUAUGACAUACACCAUUAUGAAUUCAUCCUCAUCUAUGACCACUGGACCCCGAGAAUCUACCACAAAAAUACCUAUUACUUCAACCUCAGUCAGAGUAGCUACCCUACCAGACUCAAUAACAAAAUUAUCAGUGCCUUCAUAUUCUACAUCAACAAUGCAUGUAACUCCAGCCUUGACAACAACAAUACCAAUAUCUUCAAUUUCAACAACAAGACCUUCAAUUUUAGUUCCAACCACAUCCAUAAAUAAGAAUUCACCCUCAACCACAAUUACUGCACCCCCAUAUUCCAGUACAACACGUAUAAAUGCAUCUCAUGUCACUCUUUCUCCCCACCCACACUUUGCAUCAACACUAUCUACACCUUCAUCCUCUACAAUAAUACCUGUAACUGUAGCAGCUACCAGAAAUAUAGCAGCAUCUACAUCAUCAACAAAAAUCACUGCAACCGUAGAAUCUAGCACGACGCCUAUAACAUCAUCCUUUAUCACAAUGUCUACCUCUCCAGACUCUAUCACAACAUCUACACCUCCAUCCUCCACGCGAUCAAUGUCUGUAACCUCUGCCUCCACAUUACCAUCAUCUUCAGCCUCAAUGAUAAAACCUUCAACUUUAGUUACUACCACAUCAAAAAUUAUGUCAUCCUCAAACACAAUCACUGCACCCCAAGACUCCACCACAACAAUGCUUCUAACAUCAUCCUCUGUCACUCUACCUACAUCACCAAAAUCUGUCUUGACAAAAAGACCCUCUACAACAAUGCUUAUACCUGUAACCUCAAAAAGAAAUAUUCCAAUAUCUAUUUCAAGCACAAUCAUUAUACCGCCAGAAUCAAACACAAGAACAUCAACCUCUGUUACUACCUCUACUCUACAAGACUCUGCAUUGACAAAACCUGGGCAUUCAUUGUCAACAUCAUCAAUUCCUUUACCCACAGCUUCUCCCACAUCUAUAACAUCAUCAGCUUCAGCCACAAUUGCACCCCCAGAAUCCACCACAACAAUACCUAUAAAUCCAGCUUCUAUCUAUACAUCUCCCCUAUCAGAUGUUAGAAUGACAAAAUCUGCAAUUUCAUCUCUUAAAACAAUGUCAGUAACUGAAACCUCUACCAGAAAUAGUCAAAUAUCUACUUCAUCAACCACAUUCACUACACCACCAGAAACUACAACACAAUCAUUUUCUCUUACUACAUCUGUUCCACCAGACUCUACCUCAACAAAAUUUGCUCAUUCAUCAUCAAUUAAUUUAUACUCAACAAUACAGACAUCAGCAGGCUCAAUCACAAUUACUACACCCCCAGAACCUACCAAAACAAUACCUAUAAAUGCAUUUUAUUCCACUAUAUCUCCCCUAUCAAAUGGUACUUUAACAAAAGAUACUGCAUUAUCAAAAUCAAUGCUUGUAACUCCAACCUCUACCAGAAAUAUCCCAAUACUUACUUCAUCAAUCACAAUCACUACACCACCAAAAUCUCCCACAAAAAGACCAUCAUUCUCUUUUAUUACAUCAACCCCACCAAAUCCUACCUUAACAAAACCAAAUUCGUCUUUUACAUCAGUUCCUUUACCUACAGCAUCUAGCAGAAUAGCAACACCUUCUGCUUCAACCAAAAUCAUCGCACUCCCAUUACCCACCACAACCAUUCCUAAAAAAACACCCUCUGUCACUUCAUCUCGUACAACGAUACCUGUAACUGAAAUCUCUACUAGGAAUAUUCUAAUAUCUACUUCAUCAAUCACAGUCAGUAAAACACCAGAAUCUACCACAAAAUUACCAUCUUCUCUUACCACAUCAACUCCACAAGAUCCUACCUUAAAAAAACUUACAUCUUCAUCUUCUAGACUAAUGUCUGUAGCUAUAAUGUCUGCCAGAAAUAUAGCAACAUCUGCUUCAUCAAUCACGAUCACUACACCACCAGCAUUUACUACAUCUGUGUCAAAAACUACAACUGGAUCAGGUACAUCAACAACAACUGAGACACGAACUGCAAACAUUUUCCCAGUCUCUGCAUCAACAUCUUCAUCCACUAGUCACUCUACACCAACAAUCUCUUCAGGUUCUCCUCCAGCGCUGACAAAUGAAUCCCUAAACCAAGCAACCAUCCCAACAACUGUGUCUAAAACUACAAUCACUAGAUCUUGGACAACAUCAAGGACAACGGCAGCAGUUGCAAAAAGUGCUGGAAACAUUUCCCCAGUUUCUGCAUCAUCAAAUUUAUUCCUUUCUCAAAUCAUAUCAAAAGGCUCUUCAGCCUCUCCUCCAUCAAUGACAAGUGAAUCCCCAUCCCAUGCCACCGCCUCAAAAACUACCGCAGCUGGAUCCAGUGUAACAUCAUCAACAACAGCGACAAGUACUGCAAACAUUAUCCAAGUUUCUACAUUAUCCACUGCAGAAAUGACAAGUCAGUCCAUAACCCAUGCUAAUGUCUCACCAUAUAUGUCAAAAACUACAACUACAGUACCCGGAUCAAUUACAACAUCAGUGACAUUUGCAACAGCUGCUAAAAACACUACAGACAUUUUUCCACUUGCUCCCUCAUUAUCUUCCUCCCCUACUCAAACUGAAUCAACAAAUUCUUCUCAUCCAUCACACACAAGUAAAUCCCUAACUCUUGCCACUAUCUCAAUGUCUGGGCCUAAAAGUACAGCAUCUACAUCUACUAUAUCAACAUCUACUGAAACAGCCACUACUAAUACUGUAAACCAAUUUCCAGUCUCCAUGUCAUCAUCUUUAUCUUCUAGUAAACCUUCAAGAAAAAGGUCUUCAACAUCAUAUUCAUUCCCUAAUCACUCUGCAUCAACAAGCUCGACCUCUGCUCCAUCAAUGAUAAGUGAAUCCCAAACCCUUUCCACCAUCUCGACAUCUGUGUCAACAGCUAUAGCAGCUGCAUCCGGUAUGACAUCAUCAACAACUGUGACAGGUACUGCACACAUCAUAUCAGCCUCUGCACCAUCAUCAUCAUCAUCAUCCCUUAGUCACACUGCAUCAACAAGUUCUUCAGCUUCACCUCCAUCAAAAACAAGCGAAUCCCUAACCCAUGCCACCGUCUCAACAACUGUGCCCAUGACUGCAGCAGCUGGAUCUCAUACUCCAACAACUGCAACAGCUGCUACAAGUAAUGCAAACCAUUUUCCAGUCUCCAUGUCAUCAUCUUUAUCUUCUAGUAAACCUUCAAGAAAAAGGUCUUCAACAUCAUAUUCAUUCCCUAAUCACUCUGCAUCAACAACCUCGACCUCUGCUCCAUCAAUGAUAAGUGAAUCCCAAACCCUUUCCACCAUCUCGACAUCUGUGUCAACAGCUAUAGCAGCUGCAUCCAGUAUGACAUCAUCACCAACUGCGACAGGUACUGCAAACAUCAUAUCAGCCUCUGCACCACCAUCAUCAUCCCUUAGUCACACUGCAUCAACAAAUUCUUCAGCCUCACCUCCAUCAAAAACAAGUGAAUCCCUAACCCAUGCCACCGUCUCAACAUCUGUGCCCAUGACUACAGCAGGUGGAUCUCAUACCCCAAAAAUUACAACUGUUGCUGUAAGUACUCCAAACGUUUUUCCAGUCUCCAUGUCAAUAUCUUCAUCUUCUAGUCAAGCUUCAAUAAAAAAGUCUUCAACAUCAUCUUCAUUGCCUAGUUACAAUGCAUCAAGCUCUUCAACCUCUGCUCCAUCAAUGAUAAGUGAAUCCCAAACCCUUUCCACCAUCUCGAAAUCUGUGUCUACAGCUAUAGCAGCUGCAUCCAGUAUGACAUCAUCAACAACUGUGACAGCCACACUGCACUAA